CUUGGCCACACUCAGCUACCUGUACUCCGAGGUAGUUUAACAGGCUAGUCCGACCGAAUGAGCCGGCCAUACUAUCGGAUUCAGAACCACUCAAACAUGUUCGAAACUGGGAGCUCUUGGCUGUCUUCCUCCUCGAUGUGCUGCACUAAGUUGGCCCAGAGGCUUUAACGAUGACAAUUGACUUAGGCCCACAGGGCCGAAGCCCUUGGAAUUUAUCGAGGUCUUCCUUUACCCAUGAAAGUUUACUUCCCAGUAACUUCACUUGUGCCUAGCUAUUCAAUAAAACAGGUACACUAAGAAGACUUGGUAUCUGAUAUUUAUGUCGAUCCAGAUCCGGUAGAGCAACUUCUCCAUGUUUGGGUAUACCGCGAGCUCUUCACCGAUGGGAAUGCUGGGAAAACUCCCGGGUCAAUUGGUUCUGCUAUCGUCCAUUUUUGCUCUUGGUUUUGGCGCUCACAGUUCGAUUACAGGUAUCCUCCAAUUCAUGAUGAUCGCCCUUGAUCAGUUCGGAUACGCGUACAGCGCCGGAGCAGUAAUGCAGGAGAGACCUGAAGGCCUUGAACCCAUUUCCAGAGCAGUGCAGUUUCUCAUCCGAAGCAGGAUUUCACGUUGCCAUUCAUUGGUUCGUAUGUCAAUCCAGUGAUAUGAUUGACAAUCGAAGACAGCCCACUGCCAUUUUACGUGUUGUUUUACCCCGAAGCACAAUACCAUCAAAUUAAGGUCAACAACCACCAAGCUUCAUUAUAUUGCCCUUUUAUGGCUUCCCGAUAUUUGUCUUCGAAGCUCGAGAGACAAAGUCACGUCCCAAGGAUCUGACGGUUGCCGGCAGCUCAUAAAUUACCAUCGAGUCAAGUCCAGGACGAUCACUAGGGUCGAAGAUCACUUGAUUUAACCGGAGAGGUUGGUAUGUUGCUUGUUCUUCCCACAACAUUUGCUAUACUUGUAGGGCAGAGUAUGGUUGAGUUGAGC